AUGCGCACAUUCCUCCCGAUUCUAGCAGGACUUGCUGCAGCAGCCAGCGGCCUUCAUUUGCCUGCUGCUCACAAGGACAGUUUGGAGGUGCGCCAGAAUACAGAAUAUACUGGCUAUCUGGUGUCGACUUUCAGCGACCAAAACCCCCAAGUCCAAUGGCAUCUUUCCAACGGCGAGAGUCUCACGGGUUCUAGAUUCCUUAAUAAAGGUAGAUCGAUUUUGGCGUCUACUGUUGGUACACGAGGCGUUCGGGAUAUUUUCCUCACUACCAAUUCUGCUAGAUCGGAAUUUUUCCUGAUCGCAACUGACCUCGACAUAAAUGCAGCUGGGUUCAACUGGGAUGUGGCGACCAGGCAUGGAAGCCGCGGUCUUGUGAUCUGGAGCUCAAAAAAUCUGGUAGACUGGUCUGCUUCUAAGCUCGUAACUGUAGAAUCCGAUACAGCCGGCAUGACGUGGGCGCCAUCAGCCGUCUGGAAUGACAAGGAGAAGCAGUACUAUGUUUUCUGGGCCUCUCGUCAUUAUGAUGCUGGUGAUACAGACCACAAGGGCGUGGCGGGACUUGACCGUAUCCGCUACGCUACCACCAAAGACUUCCGAUCCUUCAGCAAGCCCCAGGACUACCUCGCCAUACCCGGCACGCCGCUGAUCGACCAGGAGUUCCAGUACCUUGGCCAACCCGGACACUACGCUCGUUUCCUAAAGAACGAAACCGUUAACCAAGUCUACCAAGAGACAACGACCAACGGCCUCUUCGGUACUUGGAAACGCAUUCCAAGGACAUCAAGCAUUCUUCAGCCUCGAUGGGAGCAGUCACCCGGUGGCUUCGCACAGGGUCUCAAGCAUGGAAGCGUUACGCCUUUGACUAAGAAGGAGUACGAUGCUGUUGCUAAGAAAUGGCUUAUAUAG